AUGAAUAAGUCACAGACAUCCACUGUGACACAUUUCAUCUUAUUGGGCUUUGCUGGUCCCUGGGAAGUGCAAAUCACCCUUUUCUCACUGAUAUUCUUGGUCUACCUGUUGACUCUGAUUGGGAAUUUGGCCAUCCUUUGUGCAGUGAGUUGGGAGCACCAACUCCACACACCUAUGUACAUGCUCCUGGCCAACUUCUCCUUCCUAGAAAUCUGGUAUGUGACCUGCACAGCCCCCAAUAUGCUGGUCAUCUUUCUUUCCAAAACUAAGACCAUGUCCUUUUCUGGUUGUUUCAUUCAGUUCUAUUUUUUCUUUUCCCUGGGCACAACAGAAUGCUUCUUCCUCUGUGUCAUGGCUUAUGAUCGGUACCUGGCCAUCUGCCGCCCCUUGCACUACCCCUCCAUCAUGACUGGACAGUUCUGUGGCAUUUUGGUGUCCCUUUGCUGGAUCAUUGGUUUCUUUGUAUAUUCAAUUCCCAUUUUCUUCAUUUCUCAAUUAACUUUCUGUGGUCCUAAUAUGAUCGACCACUUUCUGUGUGAUGUGGAUCCACUGAUGGCUCUGUCCUGUGACCCUACUCCCAUCGUAGGGCAUGUCUUUUAUUCUUUGAGCUGUCUUAUCAUCACUCUCACUAUCUUGUACAUCCUGGGAUCCUAUGCCCUAGUGCUUAGAGCUGUCUUCCAGGUUCGCUCUUCAGCUGGACGGCGAAAGGCCUUCUCAACCUGUGGGUCCCACUUGGCUGUAGUUUCUCUGUUCUAUGGAACCAUAAUGGUGAUGUAUAUGAGUCCCACAUCUGGCAGCUCAGCUGUGGUGCAUAAGAUCAUCACACUGAUAUACUCUUCAGUGACUCCAGCUUUAAACCCUUUCAUCUAUAGCCUCCGCAACAAGGACAUGAAAUAUGCCCUCCGCCAUGUCUUCUGUGGAACAAGAAUUAUCCACAGUUCAUGA